GCGCUGUCACAAGAGGCGAGGGAGGGGGGUAGGGUGGACUCCGGUUCGGGUGAGGGGGUGGGCUCGGUGGAUCGAGAGGGAGAGAGGACCUGGCCCUUUAAAUAGAUCAACCAUUCGGUGGGAAGAGACGUUAGCCUGGAGACUCUCCGAAAAAGCUGAGCUUACUGUACGUUUGCCCUGGUCAAGGAACAGUUUGAGACCAAGCGAAAAGUGUUUUCUCUAUUGCUGGGGCCUUGAACCGAUGGCAGAGAAUGUCAACGACUAAUAACAUAGCGCAGGCCAGGAAGCUGGUGGAGCAGCUCCGAAUCGAGGCUGGGAUCGAGCGCAUCAAGGUCUCCAAGGCAGCGGCCGACUUGAUGAACUACUGCGAGCAGCACGCGCGCAAUGACCCCCUGCUGGUGGGAGUGCCCGCCUCCGAGAAUCCUUUUAAGGACAAAAAGCCUUGCAUCAUUCUAUAGCUCCUCCCCUCCAUCCCUGGUUGACGCCCCCUCCCCACCCCCCCCAACACAUACAGACAUACAGA